GAGGGCAGGAUACGCAUGCCGCUUCCGUCCUCGACGUGCGCAGGCGCAAAGGACUCUUCCGCUGCGCGGAGGCCUGAGGUGCCUUGUGGGCUUGGGAUGCUGCAGCUCGUAGUGGGUCGCGGCGCUUCGGCUCCUGCUAGAGUCCUGUCUAGUUCCACGAUGCCUAAGAAAGCCGGGGCGACGAGCAAGGCCAGUGGCAAGUCCCAUGGUGUGGAGAGGGGUAAAAACCAAACCAAGGAACCUGAGACACCACUUCCUCCUGCUGGGCCUGUGACAACUGAUCCUAAAGGUUGUGUUACCAUUGCCAUCCAUGCCAAACCAGGCUCCAAACAGAAUGCUGUGACAGAUCUGACCACUGAGUCUGUUGGUGUGGCAAUCGCGGCCCCUCCAUCGGAAGGAGAAGCAAACGCAGAGCUCUGUCGGUAUCUUUCCAAGGUCUUAGAGCUCAGGAAGAGUGAUGUGGUUCUGGAUAAGGGUGGUAAAUCUCGGGAAAAGGUGGUGAAGCUCUUGGCUUCUACAACUCCAGAAGAGGUCUUGGAGAAAUUGAAAAAGGAAGCUGAAAAAAAAUAAAGACAAGAAAUGACCUUGUAAAUCUUCAACUCUAGAAGUUCUUAGGACUCUCCAAAGAUCUUAAAAGAAUAAAGAGGUGGCUGGAGUGGUGGCUGGCAGUUAAGAAUGCUUACUGCUUUACUGCUCUUGAAGAGGACUUGAAUUUAGUUCCCAACAACCCAACGUGUGAUACCUCAUAAUGCGUGUUCCAAGGGAUCCAAUGCCUCUGAUCUGAGGGCACCCACACUCAUAUAUAUGUUCACGCAUGCGCGCACGCGCGCAAACACACACACACACACACACACACACACACACACACACACACACACACACACACACACAUUUUAAAAAUAAGAGAAUAAAGAUUCCCCGGAAGUGCUUUCCAUUGUAAAGCCCAUCAGAAAUCACAUCUGUGAGCUGGGUUGUAGCUCAGUUGGUAGCAAGUCCUGCUGUGCAGGGAGCCUUGGGUUUGAUCUCCAUCACUGCACAAACUGGGCAUGGUGAUGCACACCUGUAAUCCCAGCACUCUGGAGCUGAGGGCAGCAGGGUGAGACAUUCGAGAUAUAUAACACAUGGUGUGUAUGUGUGUGCUGAAAAGAUAAUAAAUUUUGUAUAUUUGACCUCCGU